GUUUGGGCUGACAGGCGUGCUGUUCUACUCUCUGAGCAUGGCUACCACCGUCCCAACAAAAACCUGGAAACUCGUCAUCAUUUAGUUAGUGGUACUAGGUUUGGUCGGAUCAUUUUCGAUUUCCCGCCGAACCGGCUCUGAACGCUACUACCCAUGAAGGAUAGUGUCAACUCUAGCAUGACCUCCAUGCUGCUAAGAUUUUAGUAGUAUAGAUAAACAUGGAAUCACAAGAGGCGACUAUGUGCAACGAGUGGAGAUAACGGCCCGGAUUUGGGACCCAAUAAAAUGGAGCAAAACAAAGCAACCAACACGUACAGAGCAGACGCGGCGAAUCCGUUCACCAGAGGUAGUUUAAUGAGGUCACCACAACCAAUAGUAGCUGAAGUCAUUCGGCAAGAACAGGAGGCGGGAAAGCAGCAACAGCAGCAGCGGAAACAACAGCCACAGUAGAGCAGGAUGAGUUACAUCCCACAGACGCCAAAGGUAGGGGCAGCGAAGUGCUUGGUGGAGGAGCUUCACAAGUUAUGGGCGCGAGAAACAAUGUCCAUAAGGGUAUUAAGGAGAUGGAAAGGCGCUACUGACUGCCGUGAAGGAGUAUGACACGGCAACGCGGAGGGUGGAUGUAGCUGGGCGACCAUUGGCGUCGGCUAGGGCUACUAUCCUCCUAGCCCCUCCGAAAUCGGGUAAGGAGAAGCAAAUUGGAUUGGAGAACACGCCAGUUCCCAUAACUCCAAAGCCCAGGAAAUGAAAGACCGGGCGAGCCAAAGAGACAGACACUCGAGGACGUUAUUAUUACCGAAGGAAAGGAUUCCACCCGACAGGGAGAAAACUGGAGUACCGUUGUAGGUCGGAAGGAGAAACACGGGAAACAGCAAGAAAAGGAGCGAAAAGGGGAGCACAAGAGGAAAGGAAAACCCUCGGCUUGUCAGAUGGCGCCAAAGGGAGAAGCCAUGCUCGUCAAAGCCAAUGACGCGACGACGUAUGCAGCGCUGCUCAAGAAGGUCAGGGAGGAUCCGGAGCUGAAGGACUGAAAAACGUGGUAUGAGUCAAGUCAAAAAGAUGAAAUGCCCCACGAGCUGAAGAAUUCCACGACUAGCAGCUCGGCCUUGCGGGAGACUAUUACCAAAUCAAUGGGUGAAAAGGCAGAAGUGAUUUUGUGCAAGGACAUUGAUGAAAUCAGUGACGGAAGACGAGCUGAGAGGAGCACUGAAGCAGCUGUGUAACCUGGGCGAGGUGUACAUGACGAUCCGGUCAAGGAAUACGGAGGAACUCAGAAAGCGAUGAUUCGUUUACCGGUAACCGCUGCAGACAAGACACACGUCUUUUUUAUAUCGAUUGUAGCGGUUUGAACCUUACGGUCAUUUGCCUCCUUUUUCGGCUUAGAAAAAUCUCAAACCCUAUGUGCGGUGUUGGGGAUUGAAUCCAGGCAAACUGCAUACAAGGCAAUCGAUUUACCAACCCCGAUAUGCCUGCCCUCACCCGCAUAUUCCUACUGUAUGCCGUUUGACCGACGAUAUCGAGCGCUUCCAGGUUAACCAAUUAGUUGAUCACUAAGGGCCGAUUUCUUCACCCGGAACUAAGUUUUAAAUCAGGUUUAAUGCACAGUUAAAGCGAUAGUGAAGAAACAGGUCCUAAGUUUAGUUUCGUCGGUGAAUCCUCGUAAUACCAACGUUAUUGAUUGCGCCUGUUCAACAAACGUCUUACGCUGAUGUACUUCGUUCGAUGCUUUGUUGGAUAUGCAAAUUUCGUCAAAAAAUGCUUUUAAAAUUUCUAUUUUGAUGAAAAGUAAAUGCAUUUAAUUUAGUUGAUUUUUAAAAAUGCAUCACAAAUUCUUAUUCUAAUUCAUUAGUGUAUCCAUCCUGCAAAUGUACUAGCCCCCCGAUUACGACAUUUCUUCAAGAGGGUAGAAUAGGGUUACUAGCAAAUUUAACUUGAGCAACAACUACCGGGGGGCACUCCGACGAAUUGUUUAGAUUACCGUUCCAAACCAAGGUCGUCAUAAUUGACAGUUGUCAGCAUUCUGCUUGCAGUCUUGCAUUAUAAAGAAGUUUUAAUUACUCCAAUGGCAAAGUAAUCAAUAGUCCGUUUUUUCCGAGUGAAAUAAAACCAUGCCGCGAAGGUUGGAGGACCAGUGUCUGACCUGUUUUGCGACGACGAAAGGUAGCGGUCAGCGGGCUGACGAUACCGGUGUGAACGAGAUUCUGAGAAAGCAUCUUUGGUUUACGGUUACGGAUCUAGUAGGAGCACUCGUUUGUCCAACCUGCUGGACAAAUAUCGACUCGUUCAAUACAUUUUACUCCUCCGUUGAGAAGUUGUACGCAACCGAACCGUUACCUGCGGCAUCGGAAGGGACCGACUUGAAACCUGAACUACUGCUGGUGGAAGUCAUAACUGAUGAAACGGAUAUCAAAGAAGAAGAGUUGGAAGCUGAAUCAGUGGACGGAAGUGAUAUAUUUCUGCCGGAAAUUGAAAAUGCUACGGUCGAAGAAUAUGGUGAGGAUGCAAGCGAAGAUCUAAAGGAUGAAUUAGAGGAUGAAACGGUUGAGGAUACGAUGGAGGUGGAUGACGAGGAACCUAACGCGAAUGAUGAAGAUCCUGAUGAGUUUAUUAGGAAGCACGCGACGCUUGAUUGCGAGCAAUGUUCGGCAUCCGAUCUUACAUUCAAACAGCUGUUUACUCACACGGAAAAAGUUCACGGUAAAAAACUGACUUCCAUUACUUGCUGUGGCAUUAAAUAUCACACACGGAUUAGACUGUACGAACACGUGCAAUUUGUGUUUAAUCCUGAGGCGUACAAAUGCAAACAAUGUGAUCACGUUUGUAACAACGGGGUAAACUUAAAGCGACAUCUUCGCGUCCAGCACGGUGAAGAUAUUCCCAUUCGAGCGUACAACAACACGACCCGUCUGCUGAAAUGGAAGCUCGGAAUCGAUAAGACAGAUGAACAGAUCAAGAAAGAGCAAGAGGUUGAACGGCGCCGUCAGAAACGGCUACAGGAGGAUGCGUUGAUGCGGGAACAUCUAAAAUUUGAGUGCAUUCCUUGCGGAUUAAGCUUAGAUUCGUUUGGCGAACUCUUCAGUCACACUCGGGAAACACACACGCACAAACCGGUGAUAACCUGCUGCGGGAAUCGGUAUCAUGCAAGACCCCGCCUCCUGCAGCACGUUCAAUCACUUAAAAAUCCGGUAGCAUUUCGAUGCGAGUUAUGUUUCCGCUGCUUUCGGAAUGGGUACGCCAAGAGUAAGCACAUGUUCGAGAUGCAUCCGACUGAGGAGAAUCUGAAGUACAAGUGCGACCGGUGUCCGAAGGUUUUUGUGCGGGAGCUGAAGUAUCGGCAGCAUAUGAAAGACCACGAGGAUUGUGACAAUGAGAAGAUCAAGUGCGAGGAUUGCGGAAAAAUGUUCAAAAGCCACCACAUCCUGUACAUGCACGUCCGCAAGAAGCACCGGGAGCCCCAGUUCGUGUGUGACAUCUGUGCCAAGGCAUUCCACCUACAGUCGGAGUUCAAACGACACAAGAUCCAACACGAAGAUCCGGAUCUGUUGAAGAUGCAGUGCCAACACUGUCUACGAUGGUUCAAAAACCGCGAGUACUGGCGCGCUCACGUCCGGUUGCACGUGGUCGGUGAAGUCGAAUGCGAACUGUGCGGCCGGAUUGCCCCGAACCGGCGGGCUCACCGGGCGCACGUGAAGAAUGCUCACGGAGCCCGUACGAAAAAGUGCACCUGGUGUGGGAAGUGUUUCAAUAAGGAUAUUAACCUGCGGGAACAUGUGGCUUCCCGGCAUACUGGCGAUAUGCUUUAUACGUGUAGCUUUUGUCCGAAAACAUUUAAUUCCAAUGCCAAUAUGCACUCGCAUCGGAAAAAGAUGCACCCGGUAGAGUGGUUGGCGAUGCGGGAAAGUGCCGCGGAGGCUCAGAUGCCGGCUGGGGUAGCUGGAACGGUCGAAAGAGUUCAAGAAUGAAUAAUCCCUCGAUAGACCAUAAUUCUAUGAAUAAAUGAUUGAAAUCUAGUUGUUUUUUUCUGCAAUUGGACGACGACAGGGAAUCACACAUUCAAGAAAUACCACAUUCCACAAUGAAGGAGAAGAGUAAAUCUCAAGUAAACCUGUUGAUUGAGAUGAGGCAUCUGAGUGAAAUGUCAAAUGGUCACCGCAUAUAAGCCGUCGCCGCAACUCGUAGUGAUUGUACAGGCUGGUCAGCGAGUAAAGAAGAUGCGAGCUACGAACGAGAAAGUUGCCCAAGGUCGAAUGUUGAUCGAAACCAGAAAUAACGCAGUUGUGUUAUGUUGAUAAGCUAGCUGCUUAGGUAGGUAGGUAAGGUAUGCUGUAACAGAUGAUGGCGAAAUCAAUUUUCGCGCUUUGCUUUGAUAUAGUCGGUCACGGCUCUCACCAUACAGACGCGUUUAAAGGAAUCGAUGGCGAUGCUGUGAAUGGGAAUGGAUAGGGAUGAACUUGUAUAACA